AUGUGCUUCUUUCCGUUAGGAGCUAGGACAAGUUGAGUUUAGAACGCAUGCUCUUGGAAAGCUAUUCGGUUUAACCCGGACGACGGGUCCGUAGUUUUAUUUUGAUCUAUUACCGAUUUUACACGAUAUGGCUGGAACGGAGGAUGCGGUCAUUGGUUCAUACUUCAUGUCAUGGCUGAAAGACAAACAUAGUGACCUCGUCGGCCUGUUCAAGAAGCGACUCCGAACUGAACCACUCCCCCCUGGAUCUCCCACUGUCACCGAAAUUUUCAAACAUUGGAAUGAAACAUCGGGGAAGAAACGAAAGAUUUCAUUUGGUUCGCCUGGUGGCAAAGCCGUGAAGAAAGCGAGAGUCGAGCCUGACAGUGAAAGCUCAGCGGAGGAAGCAGUUGAGAAGCCUGCGCCCAAACCUCAGUUGAACGGUUCAUCGAAGAAGGUAGCGUCAGCUGCCAAGAAACCUGUCCUUAAAGCAGAGAGUUCAGAGGAGAGUUCCGAAAGCGACGAACCUUCGAAAUCUGUCGCUAAGAAACCCCCGCCGUCGGCCGCCGCUCUCAAAGGACUCACGAACGAUGAUGAAUCCGAUGAAGAAAGCGAAGAGGAGAAAGCUGUUCAGAAACCAGUCUUACAGUCAGCGAAGAAACCAGCUCCAGCUGAUUCCGACGAUGAGUCUUCAGAGGAGGAACAACCCGUGAAGAAAGUAGUUACUUCCGCCGUUAAGAAACCCCUUCAGAAGGCGGAAUCAUCGGAGGAGGAGAGUGACGACGAGCCAGCUAAACCCGUGAAGAAGGUGCCGACUCCAGCAGUCAAAAAGCCAGUCAAGAAGGAAUCGUCGUCAGAAGAGGAGAGUGAAGAAGAGCCAGCGAAACCUGCGAAGAAAGUGGCUACUCCAGUGGUCAAGAAACCUGUCAAAAAGGAAUCCUCUGACGACGAGGAAAGCGACGAAGAGCCAGCUAAACCAGUAAAAAAAGUACCGACUCCUACUGCGAAGAAACCCGCCCAGGAAGAAUCAUCUGAAGAGGAGAGCGACGAAGAGCCUGCGAAACCAGUGAAAAAGACGGCAACACCAAUGGCCAAGAAGCCUGCGCCAAAGGAAGAAUCUGACGAAGAAUCAAGUGAGGAGGAGGAGGACGAGCCCGUCACGAAAAAGCCUUUAACAAAGCCUGCGUCCGCGAAAAAAGCAGUUCCUAUGGAAGAUGACGAGGAUGAGAGCGAUGAAGAUGAGGAGGAGGCUCCAACUCCUAAGAAGGUUGCCAGUGCGAAGAAGCAGGCUGUUGCUGAAGAGGAAGAAGAUGAAGAGGAUGACGACGAAGAAAUGGAAGAGCUUCCGAAGAAGAAAAAACAGCAACAAGAAGUGAGGGUUAACGGAAAUGACAAAUCGAGUUCCGGCCGCAUGUCUGGGGGCUUCGGUGGGAAUGGCCAGCACAGAACUAACGAGGCGAGAAAAUCUGGUGGCAAUGCACCGUUCCGCCGCGUGCGGCCGGAACUGGUCGAAGAGUCGCUCAUAAUGAACAACUGCUUCAGUGCCAAGGAAGGAGAAGAUGAGGACGGAGACGAGGAGGGAGAGGAGGCGCCGGCAAAGGCUGGUUUUGGUUGGCAGAAUCGCUCCUACGACUCGUCGCCACGUGGCCGUGGUCGUGGGUUUGGCCGUGGUGGUGGUGGCGACUUCGGCUUCCGCGGUCGCGGUGGCGAUAGAGGAGGUGGUGGUUGGCGCGGAGGCGGAGACCGUGGCGGCUUCCGUGGACGCGGAGGCGGUGAUCGCGGAGGGUUCCGUGGUCGUGGAGGAUUUGGUGACCGAGGAGGUCGUGGAGGAUUUGGUGACCGUGGCGGUCGUGGAGGAUUUGGUGAUCGCGGUGGCCGAGGAUUUGGUGACCGAGGCGGGUUCCGGGGUGGUAGGGGUGGCUUCCGCGGAGACCGGGGUGGCGGUGACGGGUUCCGCGGGCGCGGUGGAGGCAGGGGUGGAUUCAACAAGAGCUUCGAUGGAGGAGCCGAGUCGUCCCCUCAGAACAAGCGCAAGACCUUCGAUUAG